AAAGAUGAUAGCUCUUUUGUUUUUAAACAUGUUGAUUGUGUUGGAAACUGCUAAAAGUUAAGAAGUCAAAACCGUUAAGCCCAUUCUACAAUUGCGUUAGCGUAGACGUGAACGUAAGAAUCAACCAAUCCGAAUGUUUUAUUCACUGAUUGCUUUACUCUGAUUGGUUGUCGUAAUCACUUACAACCACUUGCAUUCACGUUCACGCAAUUGUAGAAUGGGCUUUACUGUGGCUGCGUUCCGAAAUUCACUGUUAGUACUGAAAUUCUAUAGUGUAUGUAGUGUAGUGUAGUUUCUAUAGUAUAUGUGACAUGAACUAUAGAUUUUCAGUACUAGAAGUGAAUUUCGGAACGCAGCCUGUGUAAAACAAUAGAGUUAGAAAUUGAACGUUAUUAAUAUGUAACGUAAUGUCUAAUAUUUUUAAAGAUAAAUUAGUAUAAUGUCUCACUCUAUUUUUCAAGUUUUUGAUCAGUAUCAAAAAGCACGAUUGCUUUUUGUGCAAUCUGUCACAGAUUUCUCUUCAAAAUCAAGCAAUAUUGACUGCUUAGAAGCAGCAGAUGUUAUAAGUCUAUUAUGUCCAUUAUUAGCAGAUAUUGUGCCAUCCAUUCAACAUAUGGCAGCAAUUGCUUUAGGCAAACUGGCGAAUCAUAAUAUGAAAUUAGCACAAGCCAUCCUUAAAAGAAAUAUAUUAUCACAAUUACUGAAGAACAUAGACAAACAAAAUAAAUUUUACAAGAAAGCGGCACUCUUUGUCUUGAGAGCAAUAGCAAGACAUUCAUCAGAAUUGGCAUUAACAGUAGCACACAACAAUGGCUUGCAAACUAUAAUUGAAUGCUUAGAAGAUUUUGAUCCUGGAGUAAAAGAAGCAGCUGCUUGGGCAUUAGGAUACAUUGCAAAGCAUAAUGAAAAUUUAGCUCAGUUGGUAGUGGAUGCUGGAGCAGUAUCACUUCUUGUACUGUGUUUGCAAGAACCUGAAUUAUAUAUUAAGCAAAUUAGUGCAUCAGCUAUUAAUGAUAUAUCUAAACAUAAUACUGAACUUGCGCAAGUAGUAGUAGAUGCAAGUGCUAUUCCUAUUCUCAUAAAAAUGCUGAACAAUCCUGAUGCCAAAGCAAAGCGCCAAGCAUUGCUAGCAUUGAGCAGUAUAGCCAAACAUUCUACAGAUCUAGCAGAGACUGUAGUCGAGACAGAAAUCUUACCAAAUGUACUGAUGCAUAUGGCUCAUCCAGAUGAAAAUGUGGGUAGGAUUGCAGCUAUCUUAACAAGGGAAAUUUGCAAACACACAUUGGAAUUGGCGCAACUUAUAGUGAAUUUUGGAGGUAUCGCUGCACUUAUUGAAUUGAUCAAUACUUCGCAAUCGACGGCGAGAUUACCGGCAAUUAUGGCACUUGGCUAUAUUGCUAGUCAUUCCGAUCAACUAGCUGUGGCUAUAAUAGAAUCUAAAGGUAUUGUACACUUGGCAGCUGUUUUGCAAGAAUGUACGGAAGAUCAUAUACUUACAGUAACAGUAUGGACAAUCGGGCAGAUCGGCAAGCAUACACCCGAACAUGCAAAAACAGUAGCAGUCACGAAUAUACUAUCCCAAUUACUAAAAUUGUGCAGCAAUCCAAGAAGUUCAGAAGAUCUAAAGACAAAAUGUAAUACAACGUUAAAACAGAUCAUGCAAAAGUGCAUGUAUGUUGAAGCUCUUGAACUUAUGUUACACAAUGUACCUCCUAAUAUCUUGAAAUAUGUGCUAGGACAAUUCAGCAAGAUUUUACCAAAUGAUGCACAAGCAAGAAGAUUAUUCGUAACAUCGGGUAGUUUGAAAAAGGUACAAGAGAUUCAAGCUGAGCCUGGUACAAUACUCUCUGAAUAUAUAACAAUCAUCAAUUGUUGUUUUCCAGAAGAAAUCAUCAGAUAUUAUUCGUCCGGUUAUCCUGACAGUCUCUUGGAAGCUGUGGAACAAUAUCAACCAAAAUGUAUAUUUUUAUUUGAUCGUGGAUCAUCCUCUAAUGCUAUGGAUUCCAGCUUGUCCGCAUUAUUUAAUAAUGAUGAGGGAUAAAUUUAAAUUAUUAUGUU